GUCAUUCCCCCUUCCCGCGCCCCAAUUCUGGCCUCGUCGCCGCGGACUCGGACCCCCAAAGCCCCAAAUCCCACACCCCAGGCAGCAAACAGCAGCGCUUGGCGGCCGGCGGCCUGCGAGAGUAAUCCGAGAUGUGCGGCAGGGCCAGGUGUACCCUCAGCGCGGCUCAGGCAGCCAGGGCCUUUGGCUUCCCGACCACCACCUCCGCCGCCGCCGGCGGAGGCGGCGGCGGCGACGGAGGAGGAGACGCCCCCGCCGUACGGACGCUCCAGAUGGACCGGUUCCGGCCGUCGUACAACGUGACACCCGGGGCGUACCUGCCGGUGGGGACCCUGCGAGCGCGGGCGGCGGGCGGGGAAGGACGUGCGGAGGAGCAAGGGCCUGUUAUCCAGUGCAUGAAGUGGGGGCUCGUCCCCAGCUUCUCAAGCAAGACCGACAAGCCCGACCAUUUCAGGAUGUUCAAUGCCAGGUCAGAAUCUGUAAAGGAAAAGGCUUCGUUUAGGCGACUUAUCCCGAAGAAUAGAUGUCUUGUUGCAGUAGAAGGGUUCUAUGAGUGGAAAAAGGAUGGAUCCAAAAAGCAACCAUAUUACAUUCAUUUCCGGGAUGAGAGGCCUCUUGUGUUUGCUGCCCUCUUUGACACUUGGACAAAUUCAGAUGGAGAGACCCUCCAUACAUUUACUAUUUUGACUACCCAUGUUUCAACUUCUUUGAAAUGGCUUCAUGAUAGAAUGCCGGUAAUCUUGGGCGAUGAAGACUCUGUUAAUGCUUGGUUGAACAAUAGCUCCGUGAAGCUGGAAGAAAUAACUGUACCCUAUGAAGGAACUGAUUUAGUUUGGUAUCCAGUGACAACUGCAAUGGGGAAAACAUCAUUUCAGGGUCCUGAUUGCAUCAAAGAGGUGAAAAUAGGACCCAGUGAAAAGCCAAUUUCAAAUUUCUUCACCAAGAAAGCAGCCGCAUCAGUGAAGCCAGAGAAGGCACAUGGAGAGUUGGCAGAAACACAAGCUUUCAAGACCACAAAAGAGGAGUGUGGCGAUGAUUCAGGCGAAGACCCAUCGAACAAAACAGAGCAACAACAACAGGCUUCUUCGGAGAAGCAAAGUGCCAUUAAGAAUGAACCCGUCACUUUGGAUCCCCAAAUUUUCUAUAAAGCCGAUGAAGGUAUUAAGAAAGAAGAUGGGAUGCUGCCCGAAGAUCCAGUCCAGGAGCGUGAUCCUUUCGGCAUCAAGAGGAAGAUAGAGGACGCUGGAGUCGAGGCGGAGAUGGAGAUGGAGAAGAGCGGGAGAUCGCCGGUCACCCCUGCGAGGAAAAAGGAGAAGGGCCCGAAGGAUGGGCAAGCGUCGCUGUUUUCCUACUUUCCAAAGAAGUAGGGUAGCUUCUCAGAUCUCAGGUAGUCUAGCUUCCUGCACUUGUGCUAUGUAUCAGCUGUUAAGCAGUUACUAGUAGUAACAGAACCUUAUCUUUUUUUUUUUUGCGGGAAAUAACAGAACCUUAUCUAGUGUAGUAGUAGUACUACUCGUAGUUCUCUUCAGUACUGCAACUGGCGCUAUGCAUGCAGUAUUGGCCAAUGAUGAAACAAAAAUGCACGAAGUGCGGUGAUGCAGUGCAGGGGGCGUACGUCGAUUGUAGGCUACUGGAUAUCUAGCUCUUAAUCAUUUGCUUACGCAGUAAAAUUAAU